AUGAAGACGCUAAGCCUGUUGUUUUUCCUGUGCGGCCUCUCACGAGGGGUCGUAGACAAGUAUACUGGUUGCUUGGAUGGCGUCCAGACAGCCAUUUCAUACCUCACUUUCAAUGAAAGAGACCCUGAUUACUACACCAAUGCCUGCACCAACAAACUUGUCGUGACAUCUAUGUGGGCUGCUGGAAAGGUCUAUUGCACACCUCGGGAAAUUGCAGCCGGCGAAAAGCAGUUUGCAGGAUACUGUGAGGAGUAUAGCAAUGUCAAACUCAUUCCUUAUGCCGAGGUGCUCCCCAUUCUCACCGACGACUAUAUCAAGUCUCUUCCAAUUGCCCAAUUUAGCGACAUUGAAGACUUCACAGUCUUCAACACAUCCGUCAUGAUCUCCAGGUCUCUAUACAAGGCUGGGAGAGACACUUAUGUCACUUUCGAUCUCGAAUACGUCCUCCAUCAAAGAUACGGCUGGGCCAUGUACGGGUUCUGGGGCGGCCUGCUGUUGAUAGGCAUCCUCAACCGUCUCUCCAAACACUUCUAUCAGUCUCGCCACCUGAAAACCCUAGACGACGUCGAGGGAAGGAAGGGACCCUCCAGUCACGAAGGGCCUCGAUCGGGAGUCAUUGCUUCUGUCAAUUCAAUUCAUCACUGGCUCAGGUCAAAUGUCAUCGUUCCCGCAGCAUUCGGCACCCAUCACAACCGGCCUUUAUUCUGGACUACAAUACCGACCCGCAUGGAGACUAUAGUCGUGAUCUCCUUCUGGCUUAUGACAUUCAUCUUGUGCUGCGUCGGCUAUCAUAUCUUCUGGCCCAACCUUUACUAUACUGAGCCUCAACAGGCCUGGCGUUACAUUUCCGAUCGCGCUGGCAUCCUUUGCUACGCAAUGCUGCCCUGGCUAUGGAUGUUCUCUGGAAGGAACAACAUCUUCUUGUGGCUAACUGGGUGGAGCUUUGCAACUUUCAACAUCUUCCACAGGCACAUUGCCCGAUGCGCUACAGUGCUGGCGAUUGUCCAUUCGGUGGGAUGGUCGGUCUUGGAGGGCGGCUUCGACUACUACAGUGAGUCGUGGAAGGAGCAGUACUGGUACAUGGGAGGAAUGGCGACAGUUGCAAUGAGCUUAAUCGUGCUCUUCUCUUUCAUGUGGUUCCGCGUCAAAUCGUAUGAGGUCUUCCUCCUCAUUCACAUCGCACUCUCUGUGGUGACCAUUGUUGGCUUAUUUUAUCACACCGCCAUAUUCAACGGAGAAUAUAACGGUUACCUAUGGCCGCUCGUGGCGAUUUGGAGCUUUGAUCGGGCGGCUCGUCUGGCCCGGUGGGCAUACUGCAACCUCCACAUCAGAUGGUCCCACGCUGUUGUUAGCUCCACGGCCUCGGCAACAUACGACAAAGACGGCGACUUUAUCAGACUCGAGAUCGUGCCUGGGUCUAGGAUGCUCAGACCAGGACCAGGCCAGCAUUAUUUCUUGUACCAGCCAUUGAAGUGGAAGGGCUGGGAGAACCACCCGUUCACUCUGGGAGCUUAUGAGACUGUCAGGGAGUCUGAGCCAGCCAGCGUCGCGACGGUCGACACUGGUGCCGAGCCAAGGACUUACAUGGAGGCACUCGAGGGCAAGGAUACCGAGGUGGUUGCCGCAAGCUCAUCCUCUCCUCCUUCCAUGGAUGUGACGCCAGACCCAUCACAGCAUAAACUCGCACUAUUCCAAGAUAAGGUCGGUCGGCAAAAACUCUCCUUCCUUAUCCGGCCCUUUGGCAGCUGGACGAGGCGUCUUCGAGAUCAAUGUCUCAAAUCACCUACCGGGGUCAUCACGCCACGUUUAUUCAUUGAAGGCCCGUACGGUGAGCACAGCCCCUUGCACACGUAUGAGAAUGUCGUCUUCAUUGUCGGUGGAACCGGAAUCUCGGGGGCGAUGCCUUACUUGCAAGACCAUGUCAAAAGAACAAGUGACAAUGGACAAACACCACGCCCAGGCAGGAAAGUGGCUACCUGCACGAGAGACAUCACUCUGGUCUGGUCGACCAAGCAGUCCGCCAUGAUCCGCAGCGUUGUAGCACACGAGCUGAAGCCCAUGCUUGGACGCGAGGAUAUCCACAUCCACCUACACGUCACAACCUCCAAAGAACCGCAGAGCAGCAGCCUCGAUGCCCCCAAGGACGAAGACCACCACGCCGUUGCCUGCGACAACAAGGAUGUUGUUCUCAAGGGCAGCUCCGCUACGAACAUCAGCGAUGACGGACUCACCAUCUCGCACGGCCGACCCGAUAUUUCCGCGACCAUCAUGAGUAUCAUCAACGACGUGCACAACGCCGGGAAGGCCGGCGGUCGGAUCGCCAUCUUGACCUGCGGUCCGGGCGGCAUGGCGGACGAGGCAAGGGCAGCGGUGCACGCGGCGCUGAAGCAGGGCAAGCGUGGGGUCGAGUACUUCGAAGAGGCUUUCGGGUAA